ACACCAAAACAAAACAAAAAAAAAAGUUGAUUUUCGAAGACAACUAUCCUAUUCCGAAAUAAUAAAGAAAUAAAUUCUGAUUUCUCUACUAUAAGUUGACUACAAAAUUGUGAAGAGUAGUAAUUCGAUCGAAUUCAUCCAAUCAAAGCAUGGCUAAACUGCCACUAAUCUCGUGCCUGCUCUUAGCUCUCUGCAGCCUAUCUCUAUCAGCAAAUGUUUUCAUCAGCAUCGACUGCGGCUCAUCGGCGACGUACAAGGACGAGAACGGAAUCUCAUGGACAGGCGACGACGAGUACGUCGGCACGGGCGAGUCCCGUGCCGUGCAGCCGUCGAGCUCCUACAGCCGCGUGAUGGACACGCUGCGCGUGUUCCGGAACCAGACCAAGCACUGCUACGUGAUCGGCGACGUGAAGCGGGGGCGCGUGCUGGUACGCGCCACCUUCCUCUACGGGAACUACGACGGCCGGAACUCCCCGCCGGCCUUCGACCUGCUCUUCGACGGCUACUACUGGGCGUACGUGAACAACUCGGGGCCCACGCCCUCGCGGUUCGAGGUCAUCUACACGACGACGAGGGAGACGAUCAGCGUGUGCGUGUCGCAGUAUGAAGCCGGGCAGUUUCCGUACAUCAAUGCCAUCGAGGUGCGGAGUUUGGAUUCCACUAUGUAUGGCGGUCUGGGUGAGGACAGGGACAUUUACCCCUUGUUCACGAGGAGAAGGGUGGCUUUUGGUGCUAAUGCAACCAUCAGGUUUCCGGACGAUCCCUACGACAGACAAUGGGCCCGUGACACGUUCAUGAACGGAACGAUCCAAGUCACGAGCGACGCCCGUCUCAGCAGCGAUAUCCAAACGGUCGAUAAACCGCCGCUUGCCGUGUUGAAAACGGCCGUUACUGCCCCCACACUCAAUUCAACCAUAGACUUUUACCUCGCGUUAUCUAAAUCCUUCAACUCCUCCGUCUACGCCAAUUGGUACUUCUCCGAGGUCACUCGCCUCGGCCCCAACCAAACCCGGUCCUUCGCCUUCUACAAGGACAACGUCGCCUUCUCCACGCCCUUCUCGCCGCCCUACGAAAACUGCACGGGCAAGUUCGUCAGCAACAUUUCAAUUUCGGCGAACAACACCUUCUCCCUUGUCGCAAACGAGAACUCCACGCUCCCGCCCCUCGUCAAUGCCAUGGAAGUGUUCAUCCUCGGAGAUUUACCACUCAACAAUGGCACUGACGAGAAAGACGUUGAAGGGUUAGCUUCGCUGCAAAAAGCGUUCAGUUCGUUGCGAAAUUGGAGCGGCGAUCCUUGUCUUCCUAAAUUAUACAACUGGGAUUGGGUCAAAUGCGACGGUGAUAGAGUCAAAUCACUACUUCUUGGUGGCUUCGGGCUUUCGGGGUUGCUUCCAGAUUUCACUUCCAUGGAUGCUCUUACUACAAUAAAUCUUUCAAAUAACAGCUUGCGAGGGAAUAUUCCUGAUUUUCUUGGCUCGUUGCCGAAUCUCCAAAUAUUGAAUCUCGAGAAUAACAAAUUCAACGGUACCAUUCCAGCCUCAUUAUUAGCAAAAAAGAGCCUAAUUUUACGGGUAAGUGGGAAUCCGGAGCUGUGUACAUCAAACUCGUCGUGCCCGACUCCGACGACAAGUCUGCCGACGAAUUCUUCCGUCGGGAAGAGGAAGAACAUUCUAGAAAGUAUCUUCGCCGCCAUGAUUUCAUGCAUUAUCGUAUUACACUUGAGUUGAUAAAAAAAUGCAUGGGACAUUUUAGUCCAAUUUCUUUUAUAUAUAUAUUUUGUAGUUCAACAAAUUUACUGAUUAAUUUACUGUAAUUAAUUCAGUACAUUGAUUUUUAUCAAUAAAAUAAAUUGUCACCCA